AAUCAAGUCAACCUUAAUUUAAAUUGAAUUAUUACAUUUAGCAUAGUAAGUUUAAAAGACGUUUUAUUGUUUAGAAGUUAUCCAACAUAAAGCAAGAUGUCAUCCAGUUUUUCAUUUUCUGAUGUAAUCGCCCUGAAACAAAAUUCAAAGGCUUUGACAAGAGACCAAAUUCAAUGGAUCAUAGAUUCUAUAAUUGGUAAAAAAUUUCAUGAUGCUCAAAUUGGCGCUUUUUUAAUGGCAGUUUUUUUAAAAGGAAUGACUAAUGAAGAAACCAUUGCAUUAACAUCUAUCAUGACUGGUUCUGGUGAAGUGCUUAGUUGGCCAGAAGAAUGGAAACAUUUAGUUGUUGAUAAACACUCAACAGGAGGUGUUGGAGACAAAGUAAGCUUGAUAUUAGCUCCAGCCCUGGCUGCAUGUGGGUUGAAGGUACCAUUGAUAUCUGGGCGUUCUCUAGGAUUCACCGGUGGCACAUUAGAUAAAUUAGAGUCAAUACCAGGUUUCAAUGUAAAUAUUACCACUGAUAAAAUUCAAGAUAUAGUCAAAGAUGUGGGAUGCUGCAUUGUUGGACAAACUCUCACAUUAGUUCCAGCUGAUAAAAUUUUAUAUAGCUUGCGCGAUAUUACAAGUACAGUUGCAUCAGCACCUCUGAUAUGCAGUUCAAUUAUCUCAAAAAAAGCUGCAGAGGGUUUAAGUAGCCUUGUUCUUGAUGUAAAAUAUGGGCGUGGUAGUUUCCAAUGUACUCCAACAGAUGCAGAAAAUUUAGCCAAACUUCUUGUAGCUGUUGGCAACGGUGUUGGCAUGAAAACAACUGCUCUUAUUACAAGCAUGGAAGAGCCUUUAGGCAUGAUGAUAGGAAAUUCACUGGAAGUUCUUGAGUCUGUACACUGUCUUCAAGGAAAAGGACCAUCUGAUGUUUUAGAUCUAGUUAUCGCACAAGGUCGGGAAUUGUUGUUACAGCAAGGUCUAGCGGCUACGCCUGAAGAAGCUUCAUCUCAAGUUAUACAUUCUAUAUCUAGUGGAAGAGCUUUAGAAGUGUUCAGACAAAUGCUUGUUGCUCAAGGAGUAGAUGAAGAAACAUCCAAAGCAAUUUGUAAAUCUCCAGAGACAGUUUUACCUAUAUCUAAUCAUACCACAGAUAUAAAAUCUUCUAAAUCUGGUACAGUUAUUGGUAUUGAUCCCUUGAAAUGUGCAGAAGUAUCAGGAGUUCUUGGAGCAGGUCGUCUACAACCGAGUGAUAUUGUAACUCAUAAUACUGGCAUUCAGUUAUUUAAAAAGGUCGGUAAUUUGAUUCAACAAGGUGAGACCUGGGCAACAGUUUACCAUGUUGACAAAAAACUAUCUGAUGAAUUAAUUUUAAAGCUAGAAUCUGCUUUAAGUGUAACUAGUGAAAAUAUAACUGACGAAAUAAAAUCAAAAAUACACAGUAUUAUUAAGUAAUUUAAAAUGUAUAAUAAUAAUUUAUAUAUUAAUGAGAUAUCACAUAUUUAUGAUUCAUUACUAUCUAUAAUAUUAAUAAUAUCACUUUUAAAACACCUAAAUUUUUAAGCUUAAUUUCUGUUACAUUUUUUUAUGUUGUUUUGUUAAGUUUUUGUUUCAGUUUUACUUUAAGAGAUUCAUCGUUUUGUUUGAAUAAUUCAUUUUCAAAAUGUUAGUAUUUUGUUAUAUUCUUAGUUCUGUUAUGUUAGUUAUUUUUUUAUGUUGAUUGUUUUGUUAUGUCUACUGUUUUGUUAUAAUUGGUAAAAUAUAGUUUGUUUGUUUUUUAUUACAUAUACUUUUAUUAUUUACUCUAUUUUUUUUUUUUUUUCUUUUAUUAUUUAGUUGUCCUUUUAUAUAUAUAGGUUUAUUUUUACUUUUUUUAAUUUUUUUUUUCUUUUUGACAUAUAUUCGCUGUAUUCGCAUACUAUUUUAUUUUGUUACAUUUUUUACUUUUUGAUCAGUGUAUAUUAUUUUAUCUUUCUUUUUAUAGAUAUAUAUAUACGCAUUUAUUAUUUUUAUUUUUUGUUGUAUUUUUUAUUUUACACCUAUAUUAUUUGAUGUAUUUCUCUAACUUUUAAUACAUGCCUAUAUUA